GGGAACGUAUCCCUACUCCGCGAGGUCUACCCCCUUCCCAGAUACUUCUCGUUGCUGCACAAAUGGGCAUUUGAAAGUGCUGCUGUCAAACACUUACAAGCAUGGAGACUUCAUCAAUGCUCUCCUCGCUGAAUGAUGAGUGUAAAUCAGACAAUUACAUUGAACCUCACUACAAGGAAUGGUACCGGGUAGCCAUUGAUACACUGAUUGAACAUGGGUUAGAAGCAUACCAUGAAUUUCUUGUCAAGGAACGAGUAUCGGAUUUUCUGGCUGAGGAAGAAAUUAAUUAUAUUUUGAAAAAUGUCCAGAAAAUUGCACAAAGUACAGUACAUGGCACUGAUAAUUCCUGUGAUGAUACCUCAUCCUCAGGGACUUACUGGCCCAUUGAGUCUGACGUGGAAGCUCCAGAUCUUGACUUAGGCUGGCCAUAUGUGAUGCCCGGACUGUUAGGGGGUACCCACAUAGACCUCCUCUUCCAUCCACCAAGAGCACAACUACUUACAAUUAAGGAAACUAUUCGGAAGAUGAUAAAAGAAGCCAGAAAGGUCAUUGCCUUAGUGAUGGAUAUGUUUACAGAUGUGGACAUUUUCAAAGAAAUAGUGGAGGCAUCAACUCGAGGGGUGUCCGUAUACAUUCUGCUCGAUGAAUCCAAAUUUAAUCAUUUCCUAAGUAUGACUGAAAAACAGGGUUGUCAAGUUCAACGUCUCAGGAAUAUUCGAGUGCGGACAGUAAAAGGCCAAGAAUAUCUUUCAAAAACAGGAGCCAAAUUUUAUGGGAAAUUGGAACAGAAAUUUUUGUUAAUUGACUGCCAGAAAGUUAUGUAUGGUUCUUACAGCUAUAUGUGGUCAUUUGAAAAAGCUCACCUCAGCAUGGUUCAGAUAAUCACAGGACAUCUUGUUGAGUCCUUUGAUGAAGAAUUUAGAACUCUCUAUGCCAGAUCAUGUGUCCCCAGUUCAUUCGCUCAGGAAGAAUCAGCCCGGGUGAAGCAUAGCAAGGCUCUGUGGGAGAAUGGCACUUACCAGCGUUCAGUCUCUUCAUUAGCUUCUGUUUCUAGCCAAAGAAACAUUCUUGGUAGACAAGACAACGCUCAUAAACUAGAUUCUAGUUACUUCAAAAGAGGGAUAUAUACCCGGAAUGACCAUGACAAAUAUAGCAUAAGAAAUCAUGGAUAUAAACCUCAUUUUGUUCCAAAUUUUAAUGGUCCAAAUGCAAUCCGUCAGUGUCAGCCCAGUCAGAAUGAAAAUUGGAAGAGGCAUAGUUAUGCUGGGGAACAGCCAGAAACAGCAUCAUACCUGUUGCUGAAUAGGACUGUGAAUCGAACCAUCAGUCCUCCUGGUAAUUGGAAAAAGUCUUCAGAUAGUUUGGCAUCUUCAUCACGCGGAGGCUAUGCAAGCCACCAGAACGCACCUCCCCAAAGUUUUGGCAAUUGGCUUGCCCAGAGGAAGACAACACAUUUUGCAGAAAGGAAUUCAAAUGUGCGGAGGUCUUUUAAUGGGACAGAUAAUCAUGUUCGCUUUCUGCAACAACGAAUGCCAACCCUUGAGAAUACCACGAAGUCAUUCUUGCGUAACUGGAGAAUUGAAUCCUACUUGAAUGAUCAUUCAGAAGCUUCACCUGAUUCUAAUGGAUCGGCUCUAGGUGACCGGCUUGAGAGCUAUGAUAGUUCUGAAAAUUUGAAAGCCAAUGCCCUUUAUACCCAUUCACGGCUUCGCCCCUCUCUUGUGUUUAAACCAACCUUACCUGAGCAGCAGGAAGUUAAUAGUUGUGCAACUGGCUCCUCAAAUUCAACUAUCAUUGGUUCCCAGGGAAGUGACACACCUAAAGAGAUCCCAGACACCCCUACGAGUGUAGAGCAUUCGACAGACAAACCCUUGCCAGAAUCAAGCUCCAAGCCACCAUCAGAGUCAGAGAUGCCAAAAAUGCACACCUCGCAGGUUCCCGAAAACCACUCUGCAGUCUUAAGCCAAGCUACGAGUGGCCAGAGGACAGAGUCAAACAACUAUCUAUAUACAAAUCUGUGUGUAAAUAAGCAGACAGAAAAUCUAAAGAAUCAACCAAAUGAGAAUAUGCUUAAAAGACGAAGUUUCCCAUUCUUUGACUACUCAAAAGCCAAUUUAGAUCAUGGAAACAGUAAGCACUAUGUAUAUAGCACACUUACCAGGAAUCGAAUUAGACAACCAGAAAAACCCAAAGAGGAUUUGCUGAAAAGUUCUAAAAGCAUGCACAAUGUGACCAAUAGCAUAGAAGAGCAGGAGGAGGUGGUCAAGAGAGACCCUUCGAGCGGCACAGCUACCAAGUCAAUUUCCAUUGCUGCUUUGCUCGAUGUGAAUAAAGAGGAACCUAACAAAGAACUCACUUCAAAGAAAGAAGUUAAGGGUUCCCCCAGCUUUUUGAAAAAGGGAUCUCAGAAGUUAAGGUCCUUACUUAGCCUUACCCCAGAAAAGAAAGAAACUCUAUCCAAAAGUAAAACAUCCCCCUUUUACAGAAUGUGUAGUAGUUCUGACACUUUAGCUUCUGAGGCUGAAGAUCAAAACCCAAGAAAAUCAGAACCGAAAGUUGAUUCAUCGCCUAGAAGAAAGCGUACUUCCUCAACAAACUCUCAAGGCAGCAUCCACAAGAGUAAGGAAGAUAUAACAGUCAGCUCAUCUCAGGGGAUAAGUUCUGCAUCCAAUGAAAGUAAUGAAAUGAUACCUUCACCAGGUCCAGUUGAAAAGAAGUUCUUGGAAAGGGCAGGGGACGCGUCUGCCCCGAGAUUUAACACGGAACAGAUACAAUACCGAGAUUCGAAGGAGAUUAAUGCUGUUGGUUCUCUAAGAAAACCAGCUUCUUCAAGGCCAAAGCCCAGUGAGCUUGUAAGGACUCAGUCAACUGACCGGCGCAUUUAUAGUCGUUUUGAGCCGUUUUGUAAGAUUGAGAAUUCUAUUCAGCCAACCAGCACCAUGCCAAAUGCCAGUAUACACCGCCCAGAAAUAAAAUCCACAACGGUGGGCAAUAGUUACGGCAGGUCCAGCCCAAUGCUGAAUUACAACACUAACGUUUACCACACGUAUCAGCCAAAUGAAAACAAGUUUCGAGGAUUUAUGCAGAAGUUUGGAAACUUCAUACACAAAAAUAAAUGA